GCAGAUUGAUCAAUAUCUAAUUUGGAUGAUCGUCGUGACUUGAGCGGCCUGUUUAAAUAGUAAGUACUGCUAGAUCGCUGUUCGUUUCAUACUUGUCCAAAGCCAAGAUGACGCCUACUCCGCUUCCUGCAACGCUCUCCGGUGAUAUAGACACGCUGAUGAUCGACAAUUUCGAUUCGUUCACGUGGAAUCUCUACCAAUCACUCUCACUUCUCGGCACGAAGGUCACUGUCAUCCGUAACAAUGCACUCACUGCAGACCAGCUCCCUCUUCUCCAUAUCAACCGGCUUAUAAUCAGCCCUGGUCCUGGACACCCGAAGACUGAUUCAGGUGUGUCAAGAGACGCGAUCAAGUAUUUUGCAGGCAAAGUCCCAGUCAUGGGUGUAUGCAUGGGUUUAGAGUGUAUCGUCGAUGUAUACGGUGGUGAGAUCGGUUAUGCUGGAGAAAUAAAGCACGGAAAACUGUCCCCCGUCAUCCAUGACGGCCGCUCCAUUUUCCUCUCCCUUCCCCAGUCAAUCCAAAGCACCCGCUACCAUUCCCUCUCCGCAUCUCUCCUAAGCCUGCCAUCUUGUCUUAUGGCCACCAGUGCCACCUCUGAAUCGGGUGUUAUAAUGGGCGUCCGUCACCGCACAUAUGUCGUCGAAGCUGUACAGUACCAUCCAGAAUCCAUAUUAUCAGAGGAGGGUGAAGGUCUCCUCAAGAAUUUCCUGUCCUUAAAAGGAGGCACUUGGGAGGAGAAUCCCCACGCUAAAGUGAACGACCCGGAGAUGCCGCCUUUCCCAUAUGAGGCUCUCACAGACAAGUCCAAAUCUAUCACCGCAGAAGCCGCCAAGUCUUCCGCUCCUUCCAUCCUCACGAAGAUCGCACAAAAGCGCACCUCCGACGUCGAAGCCUUAUCCAACACCCCAGGGCUCACCCUCCCAGCUCUAAACGCACACCUCUCUCUCCACCUUGCACCUCCACCGAUAUCCCUCUCUCAGCGGUUGCUCCACGCGCGCAAUGGCAUGGCACUGCUUGCCGAAAUCAAGCGUGCAUCGCCGAGCGCCGGAUCAAUUGCUCCACACACAUCUGCCCCGCACACGGCACUAUCCUAUGCCCUCGCCGGUGCAAGUGCAAUCAGCGUGCUCACAGAACCAACAUACUUCCACGGCCACCUCGAGGACAUGCGGGCUGUGCGAUUAGCCAUAGACGGGCUAGAUUCCAGGCCCGCCGUGCUCAGGAAAGACUUUGUCCUCAGCGAGUAUCAGGUUGUGGAGGCCCGCCUGGCUGGCGCAGAUAGUGUCCUUCUCAUCGUGGCUAUGCUGGGCAAAGAUAGGACACAGGCACUGCUCGAAUAUAGCACGACUCUCGGCAUGGAACCUUUGGUGGAAGUAAACUCCCCGUCCGAACUUCACAUUGCGCUCGACGUUGGGGCCAAGGUCAUUGGGGUGAACAACCGCAAUUUACACUCGUUCACCGUUGACAUGAGCACGACCUCGGGCGUCGCAGAAGUUCUGGAACAGAAAGGUAAAACUGGAGAGGUCAUCUUGUGCGCGUUGAGUGGCAUCAAGAGUCCCGUUGACGUGCGGGCGUAUAGGGAGCAGGGAGUGAAGGCUGUCCUAGUCGGCGAAUCGCUGAUGCGCGCAGAAGAUAAGGGCAGGUUUAUAAGACAAUUAUUGGACUGGGAUGAGCCUGUUCAAAAAUCUCCUUCAUCCGGAAUCUCAGAAUCAAUCCCUCCUACUGCACUCGUAAAAAUCUGCGGCAUUCUCACCCCAUCCGAAGCCAUCAGCACAGCAAACGCCGGCGCAGACUUCCUUGGCCUCGUCUUCGUCCCCAGCUCAAAGCGCCGUGUGAGCGUGCACAUUGCGCGAGAGAUCUCUUUGGCUGUGCGCAACACUUUCCCACUUCCUGAUUCCGAUGACGAUGAGGGUGAAGACGAAUAUUCAAAUCUACCCCUUCCGUGGUUCACAUCACACACCCGCGCCUCCUACAUUCCGUCACACAUGCGAAAGACGCGUCCCCUCCUGGUCGGUGUCUUCCAGAAUCAGCCCCUGCGGUACAUUCAGCGGGUCGUGCGUGACGUAGGCCUCGACAUAGUGCAGCUGCACGGCUCAGAACCCAUCGAGUGGGCCAGGAGCAUCGGGGUUCCAGUCAUACGGGUGGGUGGGGUGCCUCCUUCCGCGCCGGAGUCUAUUCCUGAGGAGAAGCCUGAGAGUGCAAGUGAGGGGAACGAGGCUGAGGAAACUAACACCACCCCUCUUCCAUCUCCGGACCCCCUCGCGACCCUCAUGACGCCCGGAUACCAUCAUUUUAUGCUGCUCGAUACCACUGCCUCUGCUCAGUCCUCGUCUCUCAGCGGUGGUACGGGCAAGACUCUCGACUGGGCGCUCGCAGCGCGUCUUGUCAAGAAAGGGGAGGUGCCUGUCAUUUCUCCGGACGUGAGCGUCAACGCAUCCCCGAACGGCGCCGUGAACGGGACUUGGGAACAAAACGUCGAUGAAGAACCCACAAGCACAUUCCCUCUCCCUCUCAUCCUUGCUGGUGGGCUCAAACCCUCGAACGUGCGCGAAGCAAUUGAGCAUGUGCGGCCGUGGGUAGUGGAUGUGAGCGGGGGGGUCGAGCGUGAUGGGGUUAAUGCUGAGCUUGAGCGGGUGGGAGGGAGGAAGGACGAGGAGAAGGUGCGUGCGUUUGUGAGGGCUGCAAAAGGGAUGGAUUAGGGUUUUUUGAUGGGAAACGGGGAGUAAUUAUGUAUCGUGUUUGGAGUUUCGACGCACAUACCCAGAUGUUGGCUGAGAUGUGACAUGGAUCUUGGUGUAGUUUAGUGUUUAGACUCAUGUACGAGGACGUAUUGAUUCAUAGGGUGAAGCGAAAUACUAACCUAGACUUGUACAACGAUAAGUCAAUUCAGGUUGAAAUUAAUCGAAGACUCCUUGCUCCGAGUCUAGUCGCCUACACGAU